UGAACAUCAGCACAACUGUGGCUCUGAGGUUAAUUUUAAUCAAGAAUUAAAAUAAAAAGGACUGUCCAGUUAAUGUAGAUUGUUCAUUUAAUCUCCAACAAAAAUCGGUCCAAACAAGUCUGAGAAGAACUUCGAGACACUGAACCGAUUCUCGUGAACGAGUCGUGGUGAGUCGUUCCUCAGUGAUUCGCGGAGCAUCAUGGCGGACGCACACAGCAGCAGUAACCUCGUCCCGGUCUUGUUCUGCUUCUCGGAGCUCUCUCGGCCCUCGUCCGUGCCCCUGGGCUCUGGCUCUGAAGUACUGAUCCAGAAGUUCCUGUCCAUCUACGGCCAUCAGAUCGACGUCCACCGUAAGCUGGUGCUCCAGUGUUUCUCGGAGGAAUGGGGUCAGUACGUAGAUCUAGCGAAGGGCUUCACGGUCACCGAGAGAUGUAGACUGAGACUCGUGCCUCUGCAGAUGCAUAUCACCACACUGGGGAACCUCUCGCCCGCCAGCACCGUCUUCUUCUGCUGUGACAUGCAGGAGCGCUUCAGACCUGCCAUCAAGUACUUCGGGGACAUCAUCAGUGUGGGCCAGAGGCUGCUGCAGGGGGCUCGUAUUCUGGGGAUCCCUGUGGUGGUGUCCGAGCAGUAUCCUAAAGGUCUGGGCAGCACAGUGCAGGAAAUGGAUCUGACUGGGGCCAAAUUAGUUUUUCCCAAAACCAAGUUCUCCAUGGUGCUUCCGGAGGUGGAGGCGGCUCUGGCUGAGAUCCCAGGAGUCCGCAGUGUGGUGCUCUUCGGAGUCGAGACGCACGUGUGCAUUCAGCAGACCGCUCUGGAUCUGAUCGGAAGAGGCUUUGAAGUGCACAUUGUUGCUGAUGCUACGUCCUCCAGAAGCAUGAUGGACCGGAUGUUUGCACUCGAGCGUCUGGCGCGUGUGGGAAUCAUCGUCACCACCAGCGAGUCCGUUCUGCUGCAGCUCGUGGCUGAUAAAGAUCAUCCAAAGUUUAAAGAGAUCCAGAACAUCAUUAAAGCCAGCGCUCCAGAGUCAGGCCUGCUCUCCAAGGUCUGAUCGGCCCAGUCUUUCCUCACCACACACACACACACACACACACACACACCACAGAAACUCACCGGGAAACCCACUGACAUGCCCACCAGCACAUGUGUUAGUACUGGAAGUGCUUACAGUCAUAUAGCAGACGAUCCAUGUGUCAUUACUGAAUCAUGCUCUCCAGACCAGAAAUAAGGUCAAAUGUUUGUUACUGCAAACACACGCUCUGAAUGUAUCGUGUAUAGAGUCAGUACAGCUUGAGGAUGUCAUUAGAAGCUUUAGUUUGUAUGUUUUCUUUGAGAUAUUUGGGACCUCCAUGACUUUGUAAGGCAUUAGUUUAGAGUGCUCUGUUCUUGAGUUCUUCUGUGCUCUGUAUCUUAAAGCUGUAUGGUAUGAACAUCAAGCUACCUCUCAUCUUCACGUGCUGGUUCCUGCUUACAGCUUGGCCAAGGGACUGAAAUCAACACCUUUACCAGAAGCUCCUUCAGUGCAAGCAGAAUAUUAUUUGUAAGAGCUAGUGUCACAGAGCAUCAGAUUUACAGACCGUUCUACAUAUUUCCCUGAGAGUGACAUGUUUGUGUUAACCGUGGACAUGUUAACCCACUGUUUGGUUUAAUGUAUUGUUCAGACUGCAGAGAGGUUUCCUCAAUUGUCAUUUAAAGUUUGAUUUAUUGAUGUUUCUUUUGUGUGUAAGUGUGUAUUCAUGUUGAAAUCAGCCUCCAUGUUGUUGUGUAGAUGUGUAAAGGGAGAAUAAACUGUAUUCGGUGCAUACUGAUGAACAGUCACCACUGAUUGUACUAAGCACAGAUACAAUUUCUUUCUUUCUUUUUGUGUGUCAGUAAUUGUGUGCACUGCUGAGCACAAACCUGUUUUUGGAUCUGCUCUAUAUUGAUCUGAUACAAAUAAAUGUCUAUUAAAGUCCAAAAACAAUACGAUUGUAUAA